AUGAUUCACUCGAACUCAACUCAAGCAAAAAAUGAACAGAAUUUAAGAACAGAGGACAUCGUCAGCACUAUUUCUCGUCAUGGCCGUUCAUUGGCUGUCAUACUCUUGUCUGGGAUUCAUUACUACACUGGUGAAUACCUAGACAUCGAAGCAGUGACCAAAGCUGGCCAUGCACAGGGUUGCAUAGUUAGUUGGGACUUGGCGCAUGCGGCAGGCAACGUGCCACUUAAACUACAUGACUGGAACGUCGAUUUUGCGGUGUGGUGCACGUACAAAUAUAUGAAUAGCAGCCCUGGUGGAAUAGGAGUCGCUUUUGUACAUAACAAGUUUUCGGCAGAGCUGCGUCCCAAAUUAUGGGGUUGGUGGGGCCAUGAUCAAAAGUCGCGGUUCGAAAUGUCCAAUCGUAUGGAAUUUGCUGAAUUUCCGGACUGCUUUAGAAUCAGUAACCCUCCAAUGCUGCUGUUAUGUCCCCUGAUGGCAAGUUUAGAGAUCUUCUCUGAGACGUCCAUGAACACGCUGCGUACGAAGUCGUUGCUGUUGACUGGCUAUUUGGAAUAUCUUCUCGAUAGCCGUUUCAGAAACAAGAAUUCGGGUAAUAUCGAAGAAUGCUUCAUAAUCACUCCAAGAGAUCCAGAAAGACGCGGUUGUCAAUUAUCACUAUCAAUUGAAGAAAAGUUGCAAGCGGUUUUUGGAGAACUACGAAAGCGAGGGGUCGCGUGUGACAUAAGGCUUCCUAAAGUCCUUCGCGUUUCGCCAGUACCGCUCUACAACAGCUUCAUGGAUAUUCGACGCUUCAUCCGAGCAUUAGAGGAAUCAUUCAAGGCUGUAAAGUCGCAGCAAACGUAA